UAAACUCAACCAAAAUAAAUACAUAAAUAAUACGUAAAAGAAUUAUAUCGCGGUUGUAUUGAUGGUAUAACUGUAUAAAGUUGCUUCGUUUAAAGAUUAGGAAUUUAAACGUCAACCAGCGCCAUGGCAACAGUGUCAUGGCAACGUAAACAAAACCGACUUUCAUUUCUUUUCACAUCGCAGGCAACUUUAUAAACUCUUGAAAUUAGACAACACUUGCAGACUCGUCCUCUGAAGAACUAAUCUCCGUUCAUAGCCUCAGAAGUUUCAGCAGCGCCUCCUGUUGGUCAAACUUGCAGCAGUAAACAAGUUCACGCCAAAUAAAAUGGCUGCCACGAGCAAGAAGAAGCUCAUGUCUCUUGAAGCUCAGCGCAUCAUCAACGUGCUGGACGAGUGCGUGCACAAGAUAGACGUGGUGUCGCUUCUGCCGCGUGAACUCGUGCGUCCUGAGAGCGUCUUCCAGGAGCUCGGAAACACGGCGGUCGAAUCGCUCGGAGAACACCUGCGACUGUCCGAGGAGUUUCGCUCGCUGCAGGACACGGACACCGGGAACGACGAGUCGAUGGUACGAGCCGUGCAGGACUCAUUGAGGAACUUCCUGCGCCACGUGAGGCCUCACGAAGAAGUGGAGCCUGCGAAGGCAGCCAUCAGAGGGGCGGGGCCAAUCAUCGAGGAGGACCAGAAAGUUGUGCAGGAACUUGGGGCAGGGCUACAGGGGUUCAGAGAUAUGCUAAUGGAGCGGCUGAUGACCACGCCCCAAGAGGAGCAGGAACGCAGGAGACACGGCCAGGAAGUGAAAGAGAGACAACAACGUAACGUAGAGUUACUUCGCACGCUAGAGCAGGAAAUGAGAGUGGCGACAGAACACCGAGACACAGUGAUCACUACGAAGGAUGGAGAGAUCCGGCAUAUGCAAGAUUCCCUCCAUCAGAUGGAGAGAGCGUGGGAGGAGUUUGUGCAGCAGGUGCAGAAGAAGGCGGAGCAGCAGCACCAGUCAGAUCUGAAGAACUCGGAGCUGAAACGCCCCCAACUCCAGGAAGAAGCCAAUCAGCUGCAAGCUCAGUUCAAUCGCCUCAUCACGCAGCACAGGGAGAGAGAGGCCAUGCUGAGAAAGAAGAACAACAAGCUGGAGACUGAGAUUGAAAACUGGAUUCAGAAGUACGAUGUGGAAAUGGAAGAGAAACAGGCGAAGCUGGAGCGUCUGACGCAGACGUACGCGGAGGAGCAGGCGGAGCUGCGCGAGCUGCAGGAACACUUCGCCGUGUUGGAGCUCGAGUACACGCAGAUCGUGGAGGAGAGACGGAGAGAGCGCGAGCGAAAGGAGGAGGAGGAAAGGGAGAGGCAGGUGAAGAGCCGAGCCGCCGUGGUCAUCCAGGCGUUAUGGAGAGGGUGGAGAGUCCGCCAGGCCAUGAAGAAGAAAGCCAAGAGCAGCAAGGGCAAGAAGCAGCACAAAGGGAAGAAGGGGAAGUGAAGAACAGGAUGACGCGCUGGAAUCUGAUUGGUCGGAAGGGUUUCUUCGAGUCACAUCACAAGCUGCGUUUUGUUUUGUUUGUUUGUUUGUUUGUUUAAUGAACUUCAAGAGACAAAAAAGAACAACAGCGUAAGCGAACGGACGUUCCAGAAUAUUACACGUAAAUAGAAACGGAUAAAAAGUAUGUCUCGCCGUGAAAUAAACAACUACGACUGAACUUCUGCACAAUA